CCAUUUUUUUAUCAAUGACCUCCAAAGGUUAUAUAAAAGCCCGUUAUUGCAAGUUGUAGUCAUUCCUGCAGUACCCGUGCAAGCACUGACAUGCUGACGAUAUAUCUAGUUGGUUUGUCAUACUUGCUGAUUGCAGCUGACGGCCAGCGCUGCAAGCCGCAGUACUUGUUCAGCGCCGAAGCAGAGGGCUGGCUGAAGCUGCACACGUACCCCGCUUCUUGGGAGAAAGCUCUCCGGAAAUGCACCUACGAAGGCGCAGUGUUAGCGUCUCCACUAGACGCGGGGCUAGUGAAUGCUAUUCGCUCAACAAUAGCUCAAAACGGAGUUAACGGUCCGAUCUUCCUGGGAACACAUAACUUGCACUCCGGUGAUCACUAUGUUUCUGUGGAAGGAGUGCCGUCGUCUGAUAUGGAAAUAAACUGGGCUCCACAAACUAGCCCAGAUGUAUCAGGGCUCUGCCUGACUACGACCGUCAAUGGACGUUCACAAUACAUGAAUGUCACUUCAUGCAAAGACUCGCUUCCCUACAUAUGCUAUAGGAAGCUCGAUAACAGAACCAUGAACAAAUGUGGCACUUUUGACGACGCGUACCACCUCAACAAGCAGACAGGCAGCUGCUACAAGGUCCAUCAUAAGAAGGCGACUUGGCACAAUGCGUAUGAGAUAUGUGCUGCUGAGGGAGGUCACUUGGUCGUCAUCGACGAUAAGGAAGAGGCUCUCGUCAUCAAAAACAUGUUCCCUACUCCCCCUAAUGGCAAGGUUGACAAGUGGGACGCAUUCUUCAUCGGCUUGUUUGCAUAUGGCGAUCCACUUGAAUGGAUGACAGUUAACGGUGAUAGACUAGACGAUGUGUAUAACUAUUGGGAACCUGGCCAGCCAGAAAACACGGGACACUUCGGAAGUAUAAUCCGAACUGGUAAUUUAGACGACAUCAACAGUGACAAACUGCUCAUGUUCGUCUGCGAGAAGUCGCCUACAGCGUUACUGUUCGAGCCCUCACCAGUACAGUACUCUGAAAAUGGACGAUAUGUGAAGUGUUAAAAGCUUCAUACUUGUAUUUAUUUAUCUUGAAUUUUCUCUGAACAAAAGUGAAGUGGGAAAUAGAGUACAUACCACGAUUUUGUCCAUCAAA